ACGAUCAAAGAAAUAAACGAAAGAACAAAGGAAGAUCAAAAAGGCGUCUUUGUUAAAGAAUCCGCUUAUAAUUCACAAAAUACACAGUUUGGUCUGUUCCUGUCGUUGGUUUUAAUUUACAACGGAAAUCGUAACAUUGGAAUACGGAACUCUGAUGACCUGAUUGAGCCUGUAAAUUAUUCAAUGAACCGAAUUAAAUUGAAAUUUUGCGGAAGAGAAUACAUCUGGUAUCCAUAGUUGUUUGUUGUUUGUUUAUACCAAAGUUGGACGUAAUGGCAACAAAAAAAAGGUUUCCAAAAAGAAAUAUUGAAAUAGAAAAUUGAGGGAGAACUUAAAAUGGGCCAAAAUAUUUUUCAUUUAUGGGCCGUAAUUCACAUGACAUUUGUACUCUUGGUAAAAGGUCAAAUUAACUCAGACCGCCUGGUUUAUAUCGAGGGUUUGCCCGUCGACCACAGAGAUGGUCUGACAGUGUCUAACAAAUUCAUGUAUCCCGACGAAUGCAAUCAAUACUGUGUAAACACUGAUGGUUGUGAAUCAUUCAGCUGGAACUCGCAAAACAGCGAAUGUCGUUAUUACUCUUGGCCUCUGGACCCAGAAAAUUUUUCGAAGGUGCCUCGAACAUACUGGUAUGUGAAAAACUUCAGAGAAAUUCGAUAUAUUUUUGGAGCUGAUUCAAUUAAGAUGAACAUAGUUAAUAACUAUUUGGAGCAGGAGCCACGAAGUUUAGAAACGACUAGCGGAACUACAAGUCUGACUUCAAGCUACACGACAAGUCUCACGACUCAAGGAAUCACGUCGCAAACGACAACAAGCGCGACAACAAGCGCGACUACAAGCGCGACUACAAGUUCCACAAGCAGUCCGACAACUAGUUCAACUACAAGUUCCACAAGCAGUCCGACAACUAGUUCAACUACAAGUUCGACAAGCAGUCCGACAACUAGUUCAACUACAAGUUCGACAAGCAGUCCGACAACUAGUUCAACUACAAGUUCGACAAGCAGUCCGACAACUAGUUCAACUACAAGUUCGACAAGCAGUCCGACAACAAGCUCUAUUACAAGUUCGACAAGCAGUCCGACAACAAGCUCAACUACAAGUUCGACAAGCAGUCCGACAACUAGUUCAACUACAAGUUCGACAAGCAGUCCGACAACAAGCUCAACUACAAGUUCGACAAGCAGUCCGACAACAAGCUCAACUACAAGUUCGACAAGCAGUCCGACAAAUAGUUCAACUACAAGUUCGACAAGCAGCUCGACAACUAGUUCAACUACAAGUUCGACAAGCAGUCCGACAACUAGUUCAACUACAAGUUCGACAAGCAGUCCGACAACAAGCUCAACUACAAGUUCGACAAGCAGUCCGACAACAAGCUCAACUACAAGUUCGACAAGCAGUCCGACAACAAGCUCAACUACAAGUUCGACAAGCAGUCCGACAAUAAGCUCAACUACAAGUUCGACAAGCAGUCCGACAACAAGCUCAACUACAAGUUCGACGGAUCCCGUUGCUUGCCAGCGUGGAAACUCUUGCAAUGCCCCAGGCCGCGGUAAUGGUUAGGUCUUGCUCAAGUGUGGCAAGCCGACAACAAGCUCAACUACAAGUUCGACAAGCAGUCCGAAAGCUGAAUUUCGAAAACUUCAUUUUGAUUUUCCGAUCGGUCCUGAUGCAAUACAAUAACUCUAUUUUCCAAAUUCUUCCGCACCGCCCCCGUCAAAUCUCUUUUGAUCAAUUCUCGUUUUGUCUUAUUUCCAUCUCACGCGCACACGCAAAAAUGUUUUUCUUAAUAGUUUGAAUCUAUUAGAUCAUAUCAAGAAUUACAUGGGACAUUACAUAUUAUUUGUUAAUAUCUAUUUUUGCAGUUUGUUUGUGUUUCAUUAGUUUCCCGGGUCGAGAUCCCGCUCAAAAACCGCUCAAGAUUUG